UGCAUCAUGGGAUUGAAUGGAACCGGAGGGAACUUCCUUUUGUAACGUGCAAUCAAAAGUCACCCCCUCGUAAUGAGAAGGGAGGGCAGUUCUCUGCUACCAGCUUCUAUAUAUAUGUUUCAGAACUCUGCAUAAGAUUCUACAUCUUCUCUGUUUCGGAAAGAGCUCCCCAGACAGGACGGUACCAUGUACACAUUCUUGCCUGAGAACUUCACUCCGGUGAAGCAAAAACCAGCCAAGGAGCUGAAGCCAAUGAUCAUUGCCAUAGUUCUGGGCCUGAUCCUGUUCAUCGCCGCGGUGGUCGCAUGGUGCUACUACGUGGCUUCCCUUCGGAAGGCGGAGAGGCUGAAGACGGAGAAGAUGGACCUGAAGUCAGACGGGUUCAUCAUCAAAAACAAUUACGGGGAGGUCGUCUUCAAGGUGGCCUUCCAGUCGGGGUCGCUGGACCUGGAGUCGUGCUCUAAGGAGGGGGAGAUUUUAACCUGCACCAGGUCGGACAAAGGGAAGCUCAAUUUUUUCAUACAGACUGUCAAGCCCAAGGACACGGUGAUGUGCUACCGUGUCCGGUGGGAGGAGUUUGUGGCCGACACCGUGGUGGAACACAAAAUGUUCUGGGGGGACGCCCACUGGUACGGGGGCUGUGAGAUGAGCGUGCAGCACUGGCCAAUCCAGCUCCCCGGAUACCAAGAACCUAUGCCGUUCGUGACCAGCGAUGUGCAUUCUUUCAGGAACAGCUUUGGUGGAAUCUUGGAGCGAUACUGGAUCUCCUCCAAAGCGGCAGCCAUCAAGAUUAAUGACUCGGUGCCGUUUCACCUGGGGUUCAAUGCUUCGGAAAGGUCUCUCUUCUUCCAGGCCAGGUAUAAGGAUUCCCCUUACAAGCCUCCCCUGGGACAGGAGCCCUUCCCAGAGCUGAGUUACCGUGUCUGCGUCGGUUCAGAUAUCACAUCCAUCCACAAAUACAUGGUUCGGAGAUAUUUCUACAAACCUUCCAAGAUACCUUCAGAGAAUGCCUUCAAGUAUCCCAUCUGGUCCACCUGGGCCUUGUACAAAAACAACAUCGACCAGGACAAGUUGCUACGCUUUGCGGAGAAGAUUAAGAAGUAUAAAUUUAACUGCAGCCAUAUCGAAAUAGACGACACGUACACGCAAGCGUACGGCGAUUUUGACUUCGAUCCCGUAAAGUUCCCCAACGUGACGGAAACGUUCAAGAAGCUCCGAGAAGACGGGUUCAAAAUCACCCUGUGGAUCCACCCGUUCAUAAACUACAACUCCUCCAACUUUGGGGUGGGCAUAGAGAGACAGCUUUUUAUCAAAGAGCCCACGGGACGGCUUCCUGCCAUGGUGGAGUGGUGGAACGGCAUUGGCGCCAUCUUGGAUUUCACCAACCCUUCUGCCAGGGACUGGUUUCAGGGUCACCUGAGACAACUUCGCUCUAAGUACGCCAUCUCAUCCUUCAAAUUCGAUGCCGGGGAGACCAACUAUCUUCCCAAACAGUUCAGCACCUUCCGGCCCUUGUCGGAUCCCAGCAUUUGGUCCAGGCGGUACACGGAAAUGGCUAUCCCCUUUUAUGAACUGGCCGAGGUCCGCGUUGGCUACCAGUCUCAGAAUAUCUCCUGCUUCUUCCGGAUCAUUGACCGGGAUUCGGUGUGGGGCUACGAACUUGGGCUAAAGUCCUUGAUCCCUACCGUCCUGACGAUUAGCAUGCUGGGAUACCCUUUCGUAUCGGCUGACAUGAUUGGUGGAAACUUCUUCCCCAACAAGACGGACGGUGCUGUGGAAAUCCCAGACCAGGAACUCUAUAUCCGCUGGCUGGAGUUGUCGGCCUUCAUGCCUUCCAUGCAGUUCUCCAUCCCACCUUGGCUCUACGACAGAGUAGUCAUAGAAAUCGCCCAGAAGUUCACGCAGCUCCACGAAUCUCUGGUUGCCCCCCUCUUGUUGGAGUUGGCUGGCGAGAUCACCGACACGGGAGAUCCCAUUAUCCGGCCGAUCUGGUGGAUCUCCCCCAACGACGAGGCUGCACACAAAAUCGAUUCCCAGUUUCUUAUCGGCGACACCCUCAUGGUAGCGCCGGUCUUGGAACUGGGGAAACAAGAGCGAGACGUCUACCUCCCGGCUGGCAAGUGGCGCAGUUACAAAGGAGAGCUGUUUGAAAAGACACCUAUCCUGUUGACGGACUACCCCGUCGACCUGGACGAGAUAGCUUAUUUCGUUUGGGUCUCCUAACCCUCCUUCAGCUGCCACGGCCACCAGCUUGUUAGCUUUGUGAGAGUAAUCAUGCCUUAUUCUAUUACUGUAAAAGCAAAGUAAUUCCUGCCAUUUGGGGAAGGGGGAGAACAGAGAAAGCAUCCUUUUAAAGAUGCUAAAGCUCUAGCUUUGGUUGUACAAUCGGGAAGGUCCAGUAGAAAGCGAAGGCGAACGUCGCAAGUUUUGCACAUGAAGCAACGGACCUUUUCAGACCCCACUCAGAAAACCGAGAGCUCCUCCGUCUCAGUUUCUUGAUGUGCGUUCACCCAAACAUUAUUUCUUCCAUUUUUUUUUUUUUAAGUGUGUCAUCAGAGCCGUGGGAAUGCCCUUCCGGGCUACUCCAAAUCGAACAAAAGCCAAAUAACCUCGGAUUGGGAUCCGAGGAUCAGGCUGCUAGCUAGAAGUUGCAAGCUGGGUCUUUCUAUAUGGUGCAGGGAUCUCACCCUUGACCUCUUCAAAUGUGAGCCAAGGGAAGCCGACAUAUGCAGAAGAAUACAUACCCUGCUUAGGGCCUGGAAAUUUCAGACGGGACGGCACGCAGGGUUUCGACAGCACAACUAGCCUUAAGUUUUACAAUCCAGUAAGCUAUUGUUUGAAAUAACUUUUUUUCUUAAAGACGAUAAAUCUGAUUAUUAGAGGCAUAAAUGUAUGUAUAUAUAUUUUUUUCCUUGUUUCGUAUUGGGCAAGGCUGGAGAAAUGAUCAAUAAAAACAAUAAUUCCCCAUUCCCUUAAGUACUGGGCUGGGCAGGUUACUCAGCUCUGGAGCUUUUGGAGGAACUGCAAACGCACUGGGAGGGGCCGUGGCUCAG